CAAUACAGUACAAUACACAAUACAAUACAAUACACAAUACAAUACAAUACACAAUACAAUACAAUGUAAUACACAAUACAAUACAUAAUACACAAUACAAUACACAAUAUAACACAAUACAAUACAAUACACAAUACAAUACCAAUACAAUGCAAUACAAUACAAUACAAUACACAUAACAAUACAAUUCAUUCUAUUUGGUUUAUUUUGUCUAAAGUUCCUUAUCACAUACCAUAGAACUUAUGUCGCACAGACCAAACAUUGACUCAAACAGCCGAACUGUCACAACGCUGUAAAUCGUUAUUAUUCCAGUUCAAUGCUACAUGCUAUCGUGAGAGUGGGAACGUCGGUGGAGCACGACGCUCGGCCAAGGUUCACACGUCACUCAACCGUGCCUACUAGAUCAGUGCAGACGUGCUGUGUGUUGUGCUGUUUGUAUACACGGCUGUACUACUGUACCAUAAAUAUCCUGGUUGUAUGGAAUUGUGAACUAAAAUGAUAGUUACUGUGUACCGGAAACGUUAGGUAUUCUAAGGCGAUAAACCAUGUCGGGAGUACCGUUUUCACCUCGGAGGAAUUAGACACUCGUCAUCAUCAUGCUCAUCCAAGGAAUCAUCUCUCUCCUCAUCUCCGAGAUCAUCUGUCUCGUUUCAUGUGCCGUAUCGAAUGAUAUCUCACCAAAUGUGCCAAAAAUCAACGUCCCUGGUUAUUCCUACCUCGUACCAUAUGGACGAUCAGUGAUGCUGGAAUGUCAUGUGACCGGAAUUAAACCAAUCAAGAUCAAGUGGUGGACACGAGGCAAACACGUGGUAGAUGGUGAUACAUUUCACACCUCUCUCAUAACUACUAAUGGAGAAAGAGAUACCCUGUUGCUAUGGAUACAUUCAUUGUCUGAAAGGGAAACUGGGACGUAUAUAUGUUGUGGAUCGAACGCUUUUGGAGAAGUAAGGGACAAGAUUUAUGUUAACGGGUACGAAGACGAGGGUGUUCCGGGCGAGGAGGAGGACGUUGAGAUUGGAUACUUCACAUCAGAAAAUAGCGCACGCAGAUGUUCAGUUUCUGGAGGCUUUGUAUACCUUGCAACCGUUCUCGCCACUCUCAACAUAACAACGACUUCAUUUUUGUCUAUCUUGUCGCGUCUUUUCUCAUAGUGUCAUUCUGUUUACUUUUGAUGUUUUGUUUAUUUUCUCUUUUUAUUGUUAUUUUGUUAUUGGUGAUUUGUAUAAUAUAAAGAAA